CAUCUAUUGUUUCUCUAAUUCGCGCAUCUUUAUUCUUUUGUUUUGUCGUAAGUGAUUGAAUGACGUGUUUUAACGAGGCAGUCACGUUUUUGGAACGGUAGCGUCUAGUCGCCAUUUUUUGUCCCCUCAUUUUUUAUCUUCGCCCGCGUCUUAAAGUUUAAUACAAGGUUUUGCGCCCUGCCCGUUCGGUUUUUUAUCGUUAUUUCGCAUCGCCUUUCGAACGAUCGUUAUUUUACGGUUAGUUUACAACACCCCCCCCCCCCUAGGCUUAGAUUCGCCUUUUUUUUCAGGUUUCGGAGAAAAAUGACUGGCCUAGGGGGUGGAUGAUGUAUCGUGCAACACUUUCUUCGAUUCGCCGACUUGGGCAGAUAUACGAGAAACGAACGCCAUUCGCCCUCAUUUCCUUUUUUUUUGACCAAUUUCUCCCUUUUUUCUUUUGGGGAAUGGUAGUGCUCGAUCACCUACAAAAGUUGCACAUGCUAAGAGCCAGGACGAGUCACGCGGGAUUGGAUACACGACCCAGACGGAAAAGUGUAUGGAACCGUUCCGUUGCUUCCUCUAGUUGUACCUUAUGAACAACGGAAUGAGGAACAAAAGCAAUUUAGAUUGAGCAAUGGAUGAGGCGAAUGGAACAAAGAAAAAUUGUACGAUAAUUACUCCGUCAUACAUGACAAUUGAUUUUCCUCGUAUUUCACGUUACAUCGACUUGCGGUUUUCAACUUGGUCGUCCGGAACGAGAAAAAUUUUUUACGACGCACAAGCUAACGGGUCAAGAGGCGAAAGACUUACUGUUCUGAAAGUUUGAAAUAGAUGCGUGUAUCGGUCUUUGUUCGUGACCCCAUCACGAUUAAAGAUGUAACAACAACAAAAAUAAGAAAGUGAUGCUCCUAUGUCAAGAAUAAGCACCGCAUGAAGGGCGGUGCAGUCCACUCGUUCGUCCAGCCCUCUCCGGAAUAGGCUAUCCCGGUUACGUCAACAUUCAACUCUUUCGACUCGUGCCAUGCUCGUGCCAUCAUCGAGAAAUGUGCAUAUAUAAGUGCAGUCCCGUAACUUUCCGACCUACAGUCAGUAGUUUGCUUACCAACAAAGCCAAAGUGUUGUGCAUGUGCAUUGCCCUUUGUUCUUCUCAGCGGACUACCAUAUGGUACGUGUAAAUACAUCAGAUGGUGGGAAUAAGUGAUAUCAAAGCGGAGGAAAUCAGCAGCACCAAUAUCCGCAAUCGGACAAGCAAACUCAACCGAUCAUCGGAAGCUAUGAAAUCCAUGAAAGAGAAUGGUUGUGAUUCAAGUGGGGGUGGUCCUGCACACAUCAAAAGAGGCGGUGCUACAUUACACGAGUUGGAAGACCAUCAGCAGCCUGUGGAAGAGCCACCGAAUCUAGAUAAUCAGACGAGUCUUGUUGAACGACUGAUGUUGGAAGACAACAGCAGUACGCAUAGCAAUCCCACCGAUCUUUACGAGAUGACGAUCCAUCAUCAACCCGUACAGCAUCGUACUCCGCGUCAACAUCAGUUGCAUCCAAAGCCUCCUCAUCAUGUGGUACCAAUUGCCCAACAUAAAAAACACGAACAGAGUAGAGAAGCGCCGAAGCAGUGGGGGAAAAAUAUCGAAGAAAGUAUUAACGGGAUUCUCAAAAGGCUGGAUCAACUGACGGGCGACCAUGACACGAAUGAUGGUGGUAAGAAGAACGCACUAGUUAUACCCCAAAUAAGAGCCGGCCAAAUCAAUCACCACCGUGAUAUGACUAGCGAACGACUGCAACAUAAUAAAGAGAAAGAACGAAUGACAAAGCGAAUUGAAGAGCUAGAAAAGAUAGUCGAAAGAUUAACAAAUGAAAAUCGACAAUGGAAAACUCGUCUUGAAGAUCUGGUGGCGGAAAACCGACAUUUGCAGUUAGUCAAAUAUCCAGCGGACGAGCUGAAAUCUCGUUCAUCUGUUCUCAUGACGGAUAUCAAAGGACGUCCUUCCGUUGUAUUGGCCGAUCCAACCGUCAAACGAAACGACGCUGCAUGGAUGUCAUUAUGGAAUGUUCUACCCCACGUUGGUGGCCCCAAUAGCAUCGAGACGAAUACUUUCCAACCACCGCAUCCCGAAAUCCUUCUUCGGUGUUUGCAAAUCAAUUUGCAGCACAAGAAGAAAGCCAUGGAAAGGACCAAGCGUUUGUUAGUUGACCGCAAUAUAGACAUUGCGCUAAUUCAGGAACCAUACGCUCUCGGAACAGGCGCACCUGAGUUGUAUGGAGUACCGGCUGGCUAUACUGCUUUUCACAAUUUAACAGAGCACCACACAUCCGGAGCGGCAGUAAUAGCCAAGAACACGCUACGAGCCAAAAUGUGCACGUACAGUCGUAAUGAUAUUGCCGGGAUUCAACUGAGGUCGGGCAACAAAACAUACCACUUUUACUCCGUAUUCUGCCGACCUAGUUCGUUAAAUCUGAGUUCCACUUUGCUGCCAUUGCUGGAACAAGCGCCACCCACUUUGGUGAUUGGGAUGGAUGCCAGCGCCAAACAUCCAAAAUGGAACAACGGCAUGGUCUAUCGGAAGAUUGAUCACCGCGGACGGGAGCUGGAGCGACUGUUGGAUCAAUACGACAUGCAUCUGGCUAGUCCGCCACUCUACAAAUUGAAGUACAUCCCAGAGAAUUAUACGUUCAUCGACGUUACAUUAGGUGGCGAAAAUAUUCAAUUUCACGAUUGGAAAUUCUGGGAAGAUUCUCUGUCCGAUCAUCCCUACGUUUUCUUUCAGGUGUGGAGUUUUUGGUUACCUGUGCCAAUGAGUUUGCCGUAGGCGAAUCAUUUACAAUCUUUAUUUGCUUAUCUUCAGGUGGAAUGAAGUAUUCAACGUCACACACGUCUCACAGCGUCACGAACGGGAAUUCUAGAAAUACGAGGUUUUUGUUGACAUUUUAAGCGGCAAUAUGAGCGUAUAGCAAACGGGUAAAGUAAACUUCAGCAACUGUUUUUAACUUAGUUUAUAGUCAACCAUAGUCGUUUACUACGAAACUUCUGAUGCACUUUGUUGUGUGGAUCUAUGACCACGGCCUCGGUAUUUUGCAUUAAUGUCUGUUUUGCAAUGUAAGUCAUUCUUCAUCUCUAUUCCCCAAUAGUAUAAUGUCGUUAAUUAUGAGUAAAAUGCCAAUAAUUUUCAACUGUCUGGUUAAUAAUGAAGUUUAAGUACGUAUAAAUUAUGUGAUGGUUCAUUUCAGGUUACUCUAACAAGCUUAAAUGAAUUUCUUUUAUACUAAUUGUUUUCUUUGAUAUAAUUCUCUACAGGUGUUAAUAAAAGUUUGAAGAAAAUUA